CCUGGUAGUGGACUGACGCAGAGAUCGGAUCAUACCAAACGGGCUCCACGUCUGGCAAAGAGUGUUUCCCACCUGCCACUGUAAGUAAAGGACAGCGAACAAGGGGACAAAGGAGCAAAACUAUGAUUUUCCUUUGUGUUUACGACAUGAAAGGGCUAUUUGGGGUCCCCAAUAUCCACUGAUAUUUCAACAUAAUUUUUUAACUGUUCCUAAAUACAUUGCAAAGUGAUCCGAAGCUCUCCAGAAGUGGAUUGUGAGUGACUGUGUCCGGGAGAGCGACAAAAGGGUUAAGGGCAGAGAGUGGAAAGUGUAUCAGUAUGGAAGAGAAUGAGCAGAGUAACAGAGAUGCGGAGCGCCAAGGGUCGGCUGACGAGUCGAAUAGGGGGAUCCUUCCACUUCUACAAGCACCGGGAAACCUGCAACUCCCGCAUCGAAUCACCAACUUCUUCAUCGACAACAUCUUACGUCCUGACUUCGGACGGCGAAAAGAAGCAAACAUUACGCGCGAUGAGAGCAACCUCACAAGUCGAGAAAACCACAGCCCGACGACUCCGGGAGUGGGGCAGGUGGGAAGUACCGUACCAGCAGAGGGAACCUCCACGCCUCAUCCGGGCGCAGGGGGGAAGAAGGCAGAGAUAGCGACCGAGGAACAGCUGAAGUCCCGCAGUGAGAGUGGAGACCAGUGCCUGAGUUCGGACUCGGAUAGUUCUCAUGCCAGCACAACAAAAAACAGCGCGCCUAUGCUUUGGCCGGCUUGGGUGUACUGUACCCGUUACUCGGAUAGGCCCUCGUCAGGUCCUCGAUCUCGUAAACCAAAGAAGAAAACCCCCAGCAAAGAGGACAAGCGACCACGCACAGCCUUCACGGCAGAGCAGCUCCAGAGACUUAAGACCGAGUUCCAAACCAACCGGUACCUGACCGAACAGCGAAGACAGAGCCUGGCUCAAGAACUCGGCCUCAACGAGUCGCAGAUCAAAAUCUGGUUCCAGAACAAACGGGCCAAAAUCAAGAAAGCCACAGGCUCUAAGAAUUCUCUGGCCUUACAUCUCAUGGCGCAGGGACUGUACAAUCACUCCACCACAGCAAAGGACGACAAAUCAGACAGAGACAGCGACUGCGACUAAGAAAAAUAUAUCGUUAUGAUUACAAUGCAAUAAUUUCUAAAAAAAAAGAAAAAAGAAAAGAAAGUAAAUAAGGGCCAGUGUAUAAAUAUACCAGCAUUAACUGAAUCUAAGAAGAUUAUUAUCAGAUACAUAUCUGUUAUUACAUACAUAUAAACGUGAUUUAUUACAUAAAUGUACAAAAGUUAAAUAUCUAUAUAUGUCAUAUAACAUGGCAUUUUCUUUCUGAGUAAGUGGGCCUACAUGCUUCGUGAGAGAGAAACCGUGUCUCUAGACGUUUUGUAUCGUUAACAUAUAUUGUCAGGUACAUCCAGUGCGUUCGACUGAUAAGCUUACUCGACCAUUACAUGUCAGCAACAUGAAAACAUCUCGCUUAAGUCCAAAGAAUCCUUUUUCUGCUGCAUCCAGGCAACUGUGAAUAUGAAUAAAUAGCUAAGAAGAUAUUUUGUUUCAGCUUUGUUGGUUUUAUUUGAUUUUGAGUUAGAUAAAAACGGACAUGACAGGAGUCUUGAGUGGUUAGUAUACUGCGUAGGCUACGUGUUCCCAAAAUGUAACAGAAUGCAUAUUUAAAUAUAUACAUAUAUAUUUUAGAUACUCAGAUUUGCCUGGCCAUCUUUGGCAACUUUAUUAACAAACGUGUAUACAAUCAAACAAGUAAUCUAUUGAUGUAACAACAUAGCCCUACGGUUGUGAAGCCAAACAACACAGUCCGAUAACACUCUAACACUUUUACCUAUGAAGUGCUAGAAUCCCAUUAAUUUUAAAUGGGCACAUUAUAUCAAAUAAUAAUAGAAAAUGCAGUUUCGUGGCCUCCUGAUAUAUGAAUAGUUUUAUGAAAGAGCAAUAUAACAAUAACGUUUUGUAGCAAAAUAUCUUUUAAUCAAUGAAAACUGCCUAUAAGUGUAGCAUACUGACAAUGAUGUAGGAAUGAGAGCGAACUCAUGGUGCCAGAGUAGGACGUCGUCCAACUUUAUACAUACAUAUAAAAAAUAAAUAAAUAAUUAUAUACACAUAGAUAUAUAAACACACAACCACAGUUAUAAUCAUUAACAAUGAAGCAAGCCAAUUGUUUACUGUAAUACUAUUGUUGGAAUAUUGUUUUAUCGUUGUUGAAAAAAAACCCUUCAUAUUUGUUAUGUAUUUAUAUAGAUUAUAUUGGAGAAGAGGAAAAAACACGAGACCGAUGUUGCUUUUUUAGAUUUCAGAGGUGUUUACAUGGCUUAUUUAUCUUGCAAUAACUUCUUUAUGUGAAUGAAGCAGUUUCGGGGCCUUUGCAUGAAAGCUGCGAUGUUAUAUUAUGGCAGAUUCAAAUGUUUAUUAACUAUGAUCUUUGUCGAUAGGGGUAUGAUCGAGUUAUAAGUUGCAGAUUGUAUCCAUGCCAAAAUUGUGGACUUUUUGCUGUCUGAAUCAUUUUGCUGUAUAUCUAUAAAAGUGUGUGUGAAUUUAAAAUCCACCAAACUUGCCACACUUUGCCUUACGAGUUCCAGUACGAACUUUUUGUGACACUGAACUGUGCCGAAUCAGAAAAACAGUAUUUCAAUGCAUAUGAGUUUAUCUAAGAACAUGGCCUUUAUGUGAACUGCUGGUAAGACCUAAUGAAUUUAUCCUACUCAUCAGCGAAGAUCUAUCUAUAUAUGACUAUGUUUAAAAUGAAUUGAUGACACAAUUUGAGUUGUAUACUACAAUGCUAUUUUUAUUUUGUGUUUAAAUAUUAUUUGUUAUAUAUGUAAAUAGUUUGUAUCAUGUAUGUAUUAAUUGUGUAAUUAACUGCCUCCUGAACUUGAGGAAAAAAUAAAUCUGAA